AUGUGCUCGAUUGGGCGUUUCGAAGCACUAUGGCGCGCACUAGAAUAUUCCUCAAAGGAUAAAGUCGAAUCCCUUUUGCAAGAAACAGGCUAUCUGAAUGGUCUACGGGACGGCUUGUCCAUCUUCAAAACAGCAGGAGGCUCUCCAGCAAUCAAACAAAUUGAAAACGAUAAAAACUUGAACGCUACAGACAAAUUACUGAUUACCCGUUUCUCGGCACUAAUGAAUCUUGACGAGCAGCAAGCGAAAUCGACGACAGAAGCGUACUUUGGCUCUCAAUUGAAGAAAAUGGUGCAGAAAGAUCAAUUUGAGUCCGAAGCAGAUAGUAACAAAUCUGAAGAACUGUCUGAAAUACUGUCCUUUUUCUGCGCGGAUAAACUGUAUCUUUUGAGGAGCAUCGAGCUUGUCCUAUCACUUAAAAAUUCAAAUCGAGCAGAUCUUGGAGUCAGUAAUGUCAAGAUCGAAGGGAAGUCUCUUAUUGACCAGCUUGAAAAGCUUCUCAAAUCUCCGCCCGUGCCGAACAGAAGUCGCGAUCUCAACUCACAAAUGAUCUCCGUCCUUCACCUACAGCACCUCCGCGAAAGAAUGCGCUUGCUGCAAUGUAUUCUUCUAUACGUCCAAACUCAUACUUUUCAAAAGCCAGAAAUCGAGCGGCUCUUCAAAAUCUCGAAAAAGUUCUUCUUCCUCCUCAAUCCUUCCACUGCCUAUCUCGUCGACGCUACUGUCGUCUCGAAGCUAACCGAAUCUGCUGCCGUUCUACUCCAACUAGUCCUUAUCAAAACUCUCUCAUCAAGCGUCUUUCUCUCUGAUUCCGUGGACAGGUCUUUCCUAGAAACAGUCAACGACAGUCUCACAGUCCUGUUCGACACCGAAGUCAAAAUUCUCUCGCCACUUCAGCUUGCCUGGGCGAUGGUCAGAUUUGUCCAGGCAGAAUCUUUUCCAUCCGCGGACGAGACGAUCUUGACUGAAAGACUCGCCACGAUGGCAUUCGAAAGUGGUCUGUGGCACAUUGCUAGAACUAUGAUCGACAUGCAUCACUUGAGUCAAAGCAUUGCCGGCGACGCUGCUGCAGCAACCAUUCUUUCCUUGGUGAAUACAACUCUUGAGCGAUUUGACGCAGAAAGUGCUGGCGGAGUCAUCGAAUUAACGGAAACAAUCGCCGCCUGCUUGAGUAAAGAUGAUGUUUCCGAGAGUUUCUGGUCGAAAUUUGAGCUGAGAGAUCCAGAGGCACAUGAACUGCCUGGAAUUGCUGGAUUCAUGAGCACGCAGAUCAAAAUGUUGCCCCUGGAUUUUGAAGUUACUUUCAAACUCUUGGCAGCAUCGUGUUCAGCGAAAAAACCAACAGAAGCUGUUGCUAGAGUUUUAGGAGAGAUACAGUUUGUUACCGAGCAGAUUACAGGAGAAGAAACAGCCGAAGAAAUUUUUGAUGGAGAGAAUGAUCAAUGGCAGCUGAGGAUUCCCAAGCAAGUUGCUUGCUUUGAUGUCCCAGAAGGAGCAGUAGGCAGUCUUUAUCAGUUCCACUUUGGAGCUGUUGUACAGUGGGAACUCGAAGAGAAGGGUUCCGCCUGGCCAAUGAUCGAGCAGCUCUUGAAUUCGCCGAAUUAUUCUUCGGAAGUCUUGGCUGCAGGGCUGAGAAUUUACUCGAGAUGCAGAACAGAGGCUUCCGGAGCAACGAGACCUCCUUGCAUGAGACACAUUCUAUACCGACUUUUCAAAACUAAACUCGGCCGUUACUCGUACGACAAAGAUUUUAACCUGAUGAAGAAAAUCCUCCACGCCGUUUUAUCAGAAGGAGAGACGAAGAGCUUGUCAGAAUCAUUUUCAGUCUUUCAAAGUAUUCUACCAAAUCACAACAAUAGUAAGAGCAGCCACUGGCGACAGAUUUUCAUGGACGAGCGCGAAUCCGGAAAGUUUGAUGUCGUUGCGGUCAUUCUGGAUAUGAUGGAUCAUUUUGCUUCAAAGAGCACGGAGCUUUCUCUUGGACAGGAUGAUCUUCUGAACUCGAGCAUAGAAACAGUCCUAACCGAGCUUUUCCCCAGUCACUUGUCCUGGAAAUAUAACUCCGUGAGCACCAGGAUCUCCAUUUCUCUCAGACUUCUCAACAUUAUCAAAACAUGCUACGAUCGCCCGAAACUCAGUGUUAUGGCAAAAAUGGUUCGAAAUUUGUUCCAAACUGAUGAAGCAAUGUGCAAAACAAUGCUGCUACUGUGCUGCGUAGACUCAAAUGAGCUGGAUGAAUCUGCUGCGUCUUCUGUUGUAUUUACUGAAUUAUUGGCAAAACAAGUGUCUUCUUCGUUUUAUUCUAUGGAACAUAUUCUCAAAGUUGCACAGCAAAAUGACUCGUCAAUGAUCGAAGAAAUCCUGACAUCGAAAACAUCCGGCGCCGAAUCCAUAGGUUGUUGCGUAAUCAAGGCAGUCUCUGGUUUUAUCUUCAAUCGUUCGGAUACAAAACUGCCAUUUCAUGCGAUUCGUCUUCUUCGGCGACUUUGUCACUUCAACUCUAUCUCACUUCACGCGACUUUAGGAUCUCAUGUUUAUUCACUCAAAAGUUCAAUCCUGCGGAAAAUCGAGGACGAAGAAAACUUCAAAGAUUUACAGAUUCCAAUCGUCGAACUCUUAGCUACAAUCGCGGAGCAUCAACCCUCUUUGCUCGAAAUUUUCCUCGGCCUCGAAGAUAAAGACAAAGAGUCAGGGGAAAAGAAAAUCGGCAAACAAUCUUGCCUACCAUUUGUUCUUGAUCUUAUUGAAACAAGCGAUGAAAAUAUAGCAUUCAGCGAAAUGGAGAGCGCUUUCAGAUUUUUGCAUGCACUCUGGGCGGGAAAGAAAGAUUCGCACAAGUAUUUCAAAGUCUUGAGAAUUCUGAGAAAGCGAGAUGACUUCUGGGAGUCAAUCUUCAAGCCUCUGUAUACGAACAUUGGCGAAUCUGAUGCUCUCUUACGGAACCAUGCGACGAUAACAGUUCUUUCUCAUGUCUUGUCUAUCAUUGCUUACGAGUUCUACUACUCGACGAAGAUUGACGAUGCAUUUUCGAAAGAACUUAAAAUGCUUGCUGACUCGAAAAAGAUGGAAGACUGGGUUGAAGUGAUAGAAGAUGCGCCAAUUCAGUUGGCCGAGUUGCAGAACUCAAAGGCAUUUAACGAUGAACGAGAUGCACUCUUGUGUCUUUGUGAAAGCUGGAGAUGCUUCUGGUUGAUCUUCAAUAAAGAGGAUUACUUUUCAAUCGAAUCGAAGCGCAAGUUCUUUUACUCACAGAUCGUAGCUGGCGCAGAAGUCCUUCCAUCCCUCGUGAACCGACUCGAAAGUGGCGAGGAUGCGACUAGCUUGCAACAUGUUGCUGCUUUGAUCUCAUCAAGCUGCAUCUCCGCAGCUAAAAAGUGCCUUGGUGGAUUUGAAGCCGCAAAGAACAUCGACAUGCUCUUGCACUCUCAAAAGUCACUCGAAGCUCUGGAAGAGUAUGCAACUGAGCCUCAAAUUCGAAAUACUGUUAUCGACUGGCUCACUCUUUGUACCUUGUUCCUGCAUCAGAUUUCUAGCGAUAUGGAUAUGGGACUAAUUUCAAGUUUGCAUUCAAUUUGCACGAGACUGCUUCAAUCAGGCGAGGUGAAACUCCAAGUUCAAGCUGUACUUUUGGUUCAGCAGACGUUUAUUUCGAGCUCGGUGAAAUCGUGGAGACAGGUUGCGUCGAAGAAUUAUAUCAUGGAAACGAUGAUCGAGUUGCUUUGUACAGUUAUAAAAGAGCGAGAAAAUUUCAAUUUGGCUGAUAUUAUCAUCACAUUCUUGGUGACAGUAAUCGAGGAAGAAGCUAUUUGCAAGCACAUAUCGGACCUGGCGGUGAUGUCUCGGCUUAUUCUCAGCUCCGAGAAGCUUUACGACCCUGUGUCCGAACAAUCGUCGAACGAGUGGCCAAGUUUGUACAAGCGACUUACUGUCCUCAAUAUCACGAUGCAAAACCGCCUCGGACCUAGAUUCCUUUCUGACAACCUCGACUGGGUUGGAGUUCAUCAGGAGCGAAUUCUGUAUAUCUUGGGCUUUGCUUUCAAAGAACCGCUUGCUAUUGAGUCAUUGAAGGAGCUCAUGACUGUUAUUAUGUAUCUGAAUGGACUGGCAGAACAUAAAGAAGCCUGGAUUACUCAAGUCGGACAAGGAGGCAAUUCGGCAGCGCAGACGAUUCAAGCUGUAGCGAGGAUUGUUAUUCACAUACCCAAGUUUUUCGAACACUCGAAGCUAACCGUUCGACUUGCAAGAGAAGAGAAUCAAGAUGAGUGCGUUCAGCUUUUGAUCAAAAUCUGCGCACUUAGCUUUGAGCUCAUGUCGAAAUUCUCCGCUCCAGUCAACCAAAUCCUUCUCGACGAAGGCCUUGAUGCUGCCCAAUAUCAAACCAUCCUGCAGCCAGUUAUGCACCAUGUUCCUGACAGUCAUCUACCUUCCUAUGGAGCUGCGAUGUCUUGCCUAAGCCUCGGUGUUGGGCUUUUGGAAAGAUGCACGAAGAGUACUGACGAUGUCAAGUUCAAGAAGCAGGAUGUGAUGUAUAUGAUCGACCAGUCUUUGAAUCUGAUAAUGAGCCAAGCUGCUAUUCUCUUCCUGAAGACGGAUCACAAAGCACGCGAACUAGGACAAUUCAAAAACUACUUGGGAUCAGAACUUGAGCAUUGUAUUGUCGCAGUUCAACGAAGUUGCCGUGGCUCUUGGACUGUUUCACCAUCAGCGUCUCCCCGAAGAUCUCUCCGUCGAGCACGAUCACAAACCGAAGGCAAGAACGAUACCGAACACGGUAUGCUCCAGCUUGCCGAUCAGUUCCGAAAAGAUGUUCUUUUAUGA